CCAAGUCUCACUCACCGAUUCCGCUGACCGACUGCACCACAUUAUCAGCGCCAUUCCCCAGGUUCAUGACAAGCUCUGAUGACUUAGAUCUCGCCGAUAUCCUACUUCGCCGGUUCCGUGUUCGUAGCCGGAGAAGUUGUUGAUUUCGUUGACAACUACUACUGUCAUCUUUCUUUCUCCUACAACCGCAGGAAAAUCGUAAUUGAUUUAUAGUUCAAGAGAGCUUAGCUGAAGCCAGUAUAUCUAGUCUCUAGUAUUCCAGCUGAGAGGGAAAAUGUAGAGGAAUGAAUUUUAGUGUCCUUGUGAAAUUCCGGGAUUUUGGGAUCAUGGCUCGUGGAAAAAUCAUAAGUAGUUAGCUACAUUUUGUACUUAACAGUACUAUUUCCAGAAUUUGGGCCUUUAAGUAGCAAAAUCCUUGAGAUCAGAUUCAUUCCAAGAUGGCUUACAAUACUUCAUCAAGAACUGAGCCAACAAAUUCUCAUCAAUGGCUUAUGGAAAGUGCUGAGGCAGAGUUGUUCCCUAAUAAAAAGCAAGCAGUUGAAGCUCCAAAUUCCAAUUCAUUCUCUGGUUUUCUAAAUUCAAAUGUUUCUCAUUGGGGACAUUCUUCCACUUUCCAUUCAGUUGCAAACCAAUUCACACAAAGGCUUUUUGACCCUGAGACUGCAAGGACUAUCAACUUUGGUCAGAGAAAUGUUCCAUCAGUUGACUUGGGAAGUAUAAGUAUGAAACGAAAGGUUAUUGAGGAUUGUGUUGAAAGUGAUUUCUCAUUUGGUUUAUCAAUAUCUAAUUCCCUGGAAGAUCCUAAGACAGGUCUUAACUAUGGGGGUAUCAGAAAAGUUAAAGUCAGCCAAGUCAAGGAUACAGAAAAUCUCAUCCCUUCAUUUGGCCACACAUAUGACACAGAGGACAGCGGUUAUGUGUCAGUGCCUCAUGCGUUUGUUAACACAGAUGAUAAUUCUGUUUCUAUGGGACUUUCUUUCAGUAGAGCAGAUAAAAAUGUGAUGUCUAUUGGAACUUCCUUCAUGAGGGAGGAUAACGAUUUCGUAUCAGUGGAUCAACCUGGCAACCAUCAUGGCUGUGAUGGGACUUCAAUAGGUCCUGCAUACAAGGAAAAUGGUAGUAUAUCACUCAAUACAUCUCUAGAUAAAGAUGGAAAAAACACAGGAGCACUAAGUUUCCAAAAUUUCGGUAUAAAUGAAGGAGCAGUGAGUCAUUCCUUAAACAUGAAUGGUGCUGUUGAAUCAAUUGAGCUGCCUUUCAGCAUGGAUGCUAGUAAUAUUGCCCAUACAGGGCAACUUUUUGAUAAAGAAGCUCAAAUAGCUGCAUGUAUAGAUCACUCUUACAACAAUACUGAAGAUCAUCAUAUGUCAGGGUCUAAAAGCUACAACACAAUUGAUGACAAUAAUUUGUCAUUGGCCCACCAUUGUGGUAAGGGAGAAAGUAAGAUCAUAUCUUUUGGUGGAAUUUCUGAUGAUGAUAAUUUGAGUGCUUCUGAAAGGCUCAUAUGCAGUUAUGACUUACUAAUGGGUCAAUCUUCAGUUCUAAAAUCUGAAACAGUGAAAGGAAAGGUGUCAGUUGAGUCGAAUGCUGAUGCACUUGCACAAGCCACUGAAAUAGUUACUAGUAAAGAAAUUGUUUCAAGGAAAAAAGAGGAACAUAAAGUAAUUAAAAAACCUCCUCCAAAUAAUUUCCCUUCUAAUGUUCGAAGUUUGCUGUCAACUGGUAUACUAGAUGGAGUACCCGUGAAGUAUAUUGCGUGGUCACGAGAGAAAGAACUUAGGGGCACCAUAAAAGGUUCUGGUUAUCUAUGUGGUUGUGAGACAUGUAAUCAUACCAAGGCGAUUAAUGCCUACGAGUUUGAGCGUCAUGCUGGAUCUAAAACUAAACAUCCAAACAAUCACAUAUACUUUGAGAAUGGCAAGACAGUUUAUGGGAUUGUUCAAGAGUUGAGGAAUACUCCACAAAAUCUGUUGUUUGAUGUAAUUCAGACAAUUACUGGGUCACCCAUCAACCAAAAAUCCUUUCGUCUUUGGAAAGAAUCAUUUGUAGCUGCAACACGUGAACUUCAGAGAAUAUACGGAAAAGAGGAAGGAAAACAACUAUCUUGAAGUGGGCAAAAUUAGUGUAAGAUGUUAUUAUGUUUGUCCUCUAGCUUGUGGAGAUUUUGUUACUGAAUUGAAGUUAGAGCUCUUCAUAAAUUUAUUAGUGGCUAAAAUUAUGUAGAUUCUCAUGGUGAUAGACAAGGUGCCUUGCGGGAUGAUAAACUGAAAGUACAGAAAAUAGAACUGAUUGUUUGUAAUAGGAUGAAUUAUGCUGAAGGAAACUUAUGGAACGGAUUGUAACAUUUGUACAAAAUGUACAGUAUAGUGUCUGGUUUCAUUGUUGCA